AUGCCGACGGUGGACGAAGCCCGCGCGCACUGCGCCGCGAUACUCGCGGGACUCGACGACGACACCCUCGAGUACGUCGCCGGGGCCGUGUUCGACGAUGAGGACGCCGGGACAGUGCUACCCGAGGACGAUCUGGUCGACUUCCUCGUGCCGAUGCUCGACGAGCUCUGCGAUGGCGACGAGGACGCCGCCAGAGGCAAGGCCAAACAGCUGUGGGCCGCGCUCGCAUCCGGCUCCGACGCCGCGCCGAAGGAAACCAAGCCCGCGGACGUCAGAAGAGCUCCGAUAUCCCUCGGCAAAGGCCCCACGACCGCGCUCGAGGCCAAGGUGCUUCGGGAGCAGGAGGAGCUUCGCAAGGGCGUCGCCGCCGUGGAGAUCGUGUACGACCGAUCCGUCGGCGACGACGGCGAGAGCGCGGCCGCCAGGAAGGACGCCGAGCGACUCGCGGCGAGGCAGGCGUACCUCGCGAACGAGGCGGCCAGGCAGAGCGCCGAGCUGGCGGCCGAGCUCGAGGAGGCGCGCGUCGUCGCCGCGAGGUCUAGGCUCUCCGGCGAAGCUUCCGGAUCCCGACUCGCUGCGAUCGAGCUCGGUCCUUUCCAGCUCCCCAACCCGGGCGGGGGCGCCGAUCUCAUCGAGAACGCGUCGAUGAUCCUCGUCCCGGGCCACCGGUACGGGCUCAUCGGCAGGAACGGCAAGGGUAAGUCGACGCUCUUGAAGUUCUUAGCCAGUCGUCGUGUCGGUGGAUUAGACAAAUCGACCUCCGUACACUAUGUGAGCCAGGAGCUGCACCUGAGUGAGGAGCAAGAGGAGUGGCGACCGGCGGCGUUGGUGGUGGAGGCGGACGUGGAGCGCCGGUUGCUGCUCGCCGAAUCCGCGGAGUUGGCGGCUAAAGCCGAGGCGAAGGACUACGCCCCCGACGCCGCGGAGCAAAAACGACGAUCGGAGGUGGAGGAAGCGCUGAUACAGAUCGACGCCGAGGGCGCGCCCGGGCGGGCCCACGCGCUGCUCCACAACCUGGGAUUCCCCGAGGCGCUGAUGGACCGCCCGAUGCGGGCGCUGAGCGGCGGGUGGAGGGUGCGCGCGGCGCUGGCCGCGGCUCUCUUCGCCAAGCCGGACGUUCUUCUCCUCGAUGAGCCUACAAAUCACCUUUCAAUCGCGGCGGUGCUGUGGCUGGCGAGGGAGCUCAGCUGCAGCUCCACGUGGCAGUCGCGCGUGGUCGUCGUGGUGAGCCACGACAGGCACUUCCUCGACGCCGCAACCACCGACUCGAUGCACAUCUCGGGCGCCGCCAGGAAGCUGACUUUGCACCGCAUGUGCUACUCCGCCUGGGCAGAAAAGAGGGAGGAACAACAAAAGGCUCUGCAGAAGCGCGCGCAGCUCCGGAACGAGAAGAAAACCAAGCUCGAGGCGUACGCUGGACACGGGUUCAAGUACGGCGGGAGCUCGUCGCAGAUCAACAUGAUGCAGCGCAAGGCGAACGAGGCUGCCAAGCUGGACGAGGAAGCCGCGGCGGAGGCGGCGGAGACGGCGGAUCUCGCAGAGGACGCCGAGCUCCCGUUGAACCUCGCCGCCGGCGGAAAACUUCGCGGGCCGAUCGCGCGCCUCGAGAACGUGGCGUUCAGGUACCCCGGGAUGGACAGCGACCUAUUCGCGAACGUCGACAUGGGCCUCGACAGCGACUCCCGCGUGUGCCUUCUCGGCGAAAACGGCGACGGAAAGACGACGCUGGUGAAGGUGAUGCUCGGGCAUUUGGCGCCGACGGCUGGGCUGGUCACCGUGGAUCGCGGCGCGAGGGUGGCGCUCGUCAACCAGCACCACGCGGACCAGCUCGCGUACGACAAGACCCCGCUCGCGUUCAUGCUGGACAAGUUUCCGGGCGACGGGAGUUUGCAGCACGAGCAGGAUCUUCGAUCGCACCUCGCGGGUUGCGGGGUGAUGGCGGCGCAGCAGGCGACGCCGUCUGGCGCCCUCUCCGGCGGUCAGCGCAGCCGCGUCGCGCUCGCGGCGGUGUCCUAUGCGAGGCCCCACCUGCUGGUGCUUGACGAGCCGACGAACAAUCUGGACCUGGAGGCCGUCGCCGCGCUCGCGGCUGCGGUGGAGGCGUUCCAGGGGGGCGUGGUGUUGGUUUCGCACGAUCAGUUCUUUGUGCAGAGGGUGGCGAGGGAGGUUUUCGUCGUCGGUAAAGGUGCGGUGACGAAACAGGAGUCCUUCGAGGCGUACAGGAACGCCAUGGCCAAGAAACUGGCCAAACAGUCGAGUUAG